AUGGACAAAAGUAUGCAUGGAUACUCUUUCACGAUACUCUUUUACAAUGAGGCUGACCCUGGAUAUAACGAGAAAGGUCGUGAUCUGAAUCGAUUUUGCUCCGAAUCCAAUGCAUACAAGAAGAUCUUCACUUCUGGUGGAUCCGACUGCUUCCAUCCUGCUUUUCAACAUUUCGCCCAAGACAAGUUGAAGCCGAGGGCAGUAUUGCUAGAAUAUCUCCCAAAAGCAGAGAGCUUAAACUGCGUGAAAUACUCAGAUGCGCUGUAUCCCCGGGCAAUUGAGGGCAUGGAGGAGAUACACAGUACUAGAGCUCACCACCAAGAUAUCUACUCCCCAAACCUUCUCCUUAUUCAUGGAAACCCUGAUAGGCUGGUAUGGAUUGACUUUGAUGUUGCAAUAACCUACACCAACUUGAAACCUGAACAGAAGGCCCGCCGUGACUACGAAAUUGCGCUUGUGAAGGGACUUGGUGAUGCGCUGAGAGAUGACCAGGAUGCGGGACUUCUACCGAAUACAAAAUUUUAUUGA